AUGCUCAUCGGCCGGGAGCGCUUCGAGGAGGUGUACAACACGAUCAAGCAGAGCGCCUGCGCCGGCGGCGCCUGCACGGUGCUCAUCCUCGUCGCGCCGGACUGCGACGCCGUCUGCGGCUGCCACAUCCUGACGCGGCUCCUGCGCGACGACAACGUGCCCUUCAAGGUGACGCCCGUGGCGGGCUACGGCGACGUCGCGGCGGCGACGGUCGACGUCGCCGACGCGUUCAGCGAGAUCCGGAGCGUCGUCAUGCUCAACUGCGGCGGGACCGUGAACCUCGAGGCGCUCUUCGGCGGCGGCGCGGCGACGAUCUUCGUCGUCGACUCGCACCGGCCCUUCCACCUGCGCAACGUCCACAGCGGCGGCAGGGUCGUCGUCCUCGACGCCGAGCCCCUCGACGCGGGCGACUGCCCGUCCGACGGCGAGGACCUCGACGGCGACUUCAUGGACAGCGACGACGACCUGUCCGAGAGCGACGAGGAGAGCGACGGCGGCGACGACGACGACGACGAGGCCGACGGUGACAACUCCGACGACGGGUCGCGCAAGCGGUCCGCGCGCGACGCGCGGCGCGCGGAGAAGCGCGCGAAGCGCGAGUCGCAGGACGCCGCCGGCGCGCGGAAGCGGCGCGUGCGCGCGUACUACGACGGCACCUACGACGGCCCGCCGUCUUCCGCCCUCCUCUUCGCCCUGGGCGAGGGCGUCGCGCGGAGCGAGCACGCCGAGCUGUGGUUGGCGGCCCUGGGCCUCACGUUCGCGCGGGGCCAGUUCCGCAUCGCGGACGACGCCCGCGCCGAGGGCGCGGGGCCCGGCGACGCGGAACUCGCGGUGCCCGGGCGCGGCUACCAGGCGCCGCCGGGCACGGUGACGUUCGAGGCCGAGGAGCUCCGGUUCAUGCUCCACCGCCACUGGCCCCUCUUCGACGCCAUGUACUACUCGAACUACGUCGCCGCGCGCCUGUCCGUGUGGAAGGCCGACGGCAAGCGGAAGCUCCAGGAGUUGUUGGCCAAGAUCGGGUUGAGCCUCGAGCACUGCAAGCAGCGCUUCGCGUUCCUCUCCGAGGCCCAGCGCGCGUCCAUGAAGGAGCGCCUGCGGGACCAGGGGCCGGCCUACGAUUUGGACGACCCCUUCACGACGUCGUUCCACCGCGUGUCCGCGUCCGGCGACGUCGUCUCGGCCCAGGACGCCGCGGCGAUCGUCGAGGCGCUCCUCGAGGGCCACGCGCUCGACUGCUUCCUCAAAGGCUUCUGGCAGGCCUACGACGCGUGCCUGCCCGACGACGGCGCCCUGCUGGCGCAGGGCAUCCGGGCGGCGACGCUCCUCCAGCGCUCCGUCGUCCAGCAGGCCGUGUCCAUGGUCGAGAAGAAGGAGAUCACGACGCUCCGCCACUUCCGCUACGCCUACAUCACGUCCGCGACGUCCGACGUCUUCGCCAAGCCCCUCGCCGUGCGCAAGCUCGCCCUCUUCCUCCUCGGCGUCCACCAGCACAACGGCAAGUGGGCCGCGGACAAGGACAAGCCCCUCGUCGUCCUCGCGGAGCGGCGCGACACGUUCCUCGUCGUCGGCGUGUCGAGCAGCCGCGGCGCGUCCAAGAACCGGCUCGCCCACGCCUUCAAGCUCGCCGCGGAGCACAUCAAGGCCGACGUCGCCCACGACUGGUUCGACAGCGCCGUCAUCGAGGUCCUCCACGACGACGUCCAGCGCUUCGUCGAGUCCCUCCACUACAUCAUGCAGCACGUCAACUAG